GGUGUUUCAGCAAGUAUCGGCAGGGUCUCAAUUAGUAGUUCAGGAGUGGUAAUCGUCAUGAGUGGUGUUGAAGGUGAGAGUGGGGAAGAGACCGGGUUGAGUGGCAGCGUUGAAGAAGGCGAAGUAAGUGCAGUUGUGGGCGUCUUUGAGGCAGUCGGUGACACUGAUGCGGUUGGUGGAUUCAAUGUGUUUGGUGGAGACAGAGAGGACGGAGAAGGAAGUGUGGUCUUGGGCGAGGAAGGCUUUGAG